AUGACGAAGCGUCUCAGGCGUACUUGCAAAGAAGACGCACUCUAUUGUAAAAUGUUCUACCACCUCGGUGCUAUUAUCUUCAUCUCCAUCUCCAAGUUUACCAUCCCCGCCAAUGCACAACAGGCAGGAAGAACGUUUCGCUUGCAGCCUUUUUCGUUUCCGACGGAUGCAAUCGAGGGCAACAAAGUAUCUACAAUGUGUGCAACUGUUACGGGAGGCAUCUCCUCGGGAGUUGAGUUUACCUGGUUCAAAGACGGGAGAAAGCUGGUGCAAGACGACAGAAUUCGGGUUCGGUCCUAUCCCGACAUGUCGACCCUCGUCGUGGACCCCUUGACACAAAAGGACUCGGGAAACUACACAUGCGUGGGAAAACUGCGGAACCAGAAGGACUCCCACACUGAAAUGCUCCAUGUACUCGUCCCCGUAAAAUGGAUUCAUGAGCCUGCGGACGUAUCCUUGAAAGAAACAGGAAACUCAACGGUGAUUUGCGAAGCGACCGGCGUACCGAGACCAACUAUCAAGUGGACGAAGGAAGGAAUGGCUCUCAGUGCUCAAAGUCCCCGUCUGGUUUUUCUGAAGGCAACCAAAUCCGACGCAGGGAACUACCGAUGCACAGCUGACAACGGCUUACAAAACCCGCUUACCAAGCAGAUUCAAGUGACGGUGUUUGAAUUUCGACUGCAGCCUUUCCAUUUUCCGACGGACGCCGUGGAAGGAAAGACUGUGACGGUCACGUGCACGACGACCACGGCAGUCUCGGGCGUCGAAUACCGCUGGCUGAAGAACAACAAGCGGGUGUCGGAGAGCGCCAAGAUGAGGCUCAGAACGUUUCCGGAACUUUCCUCGUUAAUUGUCGGACCACUGGAGGCCUCCGACAGCGGGAACUACACGUGUCAGGCAACGUACAACGGAAAGAAAAACUCUUUUUCAGACACGUUAAAUGUUCUUGUUCUCCCAAGCUGGAUACAGGAGCCCGAGGACAUCAAGCUUAUGGAAGGAAGCAACCUGACUCUGCCAUGUCGAGCGAAAGGCAAACCACAACCAAAUGUGGUAAUCACGAAAGAAGGAAAAGACGCCGCCGCACUCUCAGACACACUGGACAUUAGCAAGUCAACCAAGCACCGUUCCGGUACCUACGUCUGCAAAGCGGAUAACGGCCUUGGUCAUCCGCUGCUCAAGCGAUUCCGCGUUAUCGUGUAUGGCGUUCUACGUCUCCAACCUUUCUACUUCCCAAGCAAAGUCGUGGAAGGAACUACAGUCACGGUCACCUGUACCACCACAAGUGGAAUAACAAACGUUCACUUCAGGUGGCUCAAAGACGGAAGGGAGGUGGUGGAUAAAGCCAAAGUGAAGAUUAUUCAACAUUCUCUACUUAGUACGUUGGUGAUCGGUCAAGUGGAUCGAGGGGACAGUGGAAAUUACACAUGCGUUGGAAACAUCGGAGAGAAGCUGGACAGCCACUCGGAAGUACUCAGCGUUCUCGCGCCCCCCGAAUGGGUGGUCGAACCGGAAGAUAUCAAGCUGCACCAGGGCGGUAACGGAACCGUUACAUGUGAAGCCACAGGAAAUCCGACGCCAACAGUGAAGUGGAGACUGGCAAGUCAGAACGGUGCUGCAAAAGAAACAAGCGCCUCUGGACGGAACCUGCUGCAACUCAUGAACGCGUCCAAGUUGGACGCAGGGACCUACGAAUGCAGUGCAGUCAAUGGGGUACCGGAAGACAUUUACAAACGUGUGGUUGUCUCAAUAUACGGAAAUGCACUGGUUGUGAAAGUUCAGCCGUUUUAUUUCCCGAAUGACUUGCUCGAGGGCUCGAGAGUCAGUGUGACCUGCUCGCUUCGCAAGGUUUCGAGCGACGCACGCUUCAAGUGGCUCAAGGAUGGCAAAGCACUCGACGGAAAUCGUUACAGGCGACUGUCCGUCAGGACAGAAGCGGACUUCUCAAUGGUUACUAUCGAGCCAACCAGGCAAGAAGAUAGCGGAAACUACACCUGCAUGGUGACAUCCAAAGGAAGGUCGGAUUCCUAUACGGCCGCACUUGUGGUGUAUGCCCAACCGCCACUUGUUCAAGGCAAAAGCGCGGGAACGCUGCAGCUCACGAAGACCAGCAAGCACGACGCUGGAAAUUACUCGUGCACGGCGACCAACGGGUUUGGCACGGCAAUCGAGAAGACCUUUCUCGUGAAGGUUUACGGUAAGAAACAUGCAUUCGACGAUGCAAUCAGCCAAUCUAAAAGUUCGCACUGA